AUGGAGUUAAACACAGCCACUUCAACUCGGUCCAGGCGAGCUCAGAAAGGAAAUAAAGGCACAACGUCGUCUUCAACAAAGACAAACAAGCUAACGGAAGACAACCAGGAUGGAGAGGAUGGCGCAGCAUUUCAGCUUUGUUGGAGUCUGCCCCCUAUUAGCCCCACAGCUGCAAUGUCCUUGAGAAAACAACAGAUUCUGCUGGCUGAAGCAAAGAAGAAUGAAGAGGCUAUGUCAAAAACAAUUGCCGACCUGAAAGAAGAAAGGGACAGUCUUCUAAAACAAUUAGCUAAAUACCAGAAGAAAGAUCAGAAAGGUGACACAGCAGAGGAAGAUUUGAUUGAUCUUUGUGGGGACCAAGACUCAGAGUGGUCUGACUCGUCUUCAUCCACUACAUCAUCCUCUUCUACAUCAACCUCAAGUUCCUCUGAUGAGCAGAGAAAGAAAGGAAAGAAACACAAGUGCUGCCACAAGAAAAAGCUCAAGAGAAAGAAGAGCAGAAAAGAAAAAGAAGGAAAAAUGCAACAAUUCAUACAGAGAGCAGGAAAUCCUCAGCAGGCGGUAAGAAGAUACAGAAAGAUUUUGCAGCAGUACAGGAGGGGGAAAAAUCUUCAUGCUGCCUACAAGGCCGUCGGUGUAGAUAGAAAUACUGUAGUGGCCAAUGCUCCCAUUGCAGAGCUUGAUAUUGUGGCACCUCAAGAGUACAGUAAGCUGUUGGAGGGUUACUCGCGACAAGAGAAAUUGCAGGUGUUUGCAAAGAAGUGCAUGGAUGUUUUAAACAAUGAUGCACAGUUGUUGACCACUGUGGAAAUGUACAAAAAGAAAAACAAACUUUUACCUUUAAUGAAAAGAAAAUAA